AUUUUUAUCUUAAUUCUAUUUCUUCAUCAGUUCCUUCCCUACUAGAGAGAGAGAGAGAGAGAGAGAGAGCCGCAACCUAAACCCUAAACUGGAAAACAGCCGCACCCUAAACCCGAAACUCGACACAGCGGCACCCGAGAGAGAGAGAGAGAGGACUGAAGGAAUCAGAGCAACGUUCAGCUUCGAUUUCCCCUCUUGCUGUGCAGGCCUCAUAUUCGUUCUCUUUUGCGUUUUGUUGAAUUUUGAGUUUGUUCUCAGAACAAUGGCGGAAAGCAAGGCUGUGACGAUUCGCACAAGGAAGUUCAUGACCAACAGGCUUUUGUCCAGGAAGCAGUUCGUAAUUGACGUUCUGCAUCCAGGAAGAGCUAAUGUUUCCAAAGCUGAGCUGAAGGAGAAAUUGGCGAGUAUGUACGAAGUGAGAGAUCCGAAUGCCAUAUUUGUAUUCAAGUUCAGAACUCAUUUUGGAGGCGGGAAGUCGACUGGGUUUGGGCUGAUUUACGAUUCAGUUGAGAAUGCGAAGAAGUACGAGCCCAAGUACAGGCUCAUCAGGAACGGACUGGAUACUAAAGUGGAGAAGUCAAGGAAGCAGAUGAAGGAAAGGAAGAACAGGGCUAAGAAAAUUAGGGGUGUAAAGAAGGUAAUAAAGGAGCUUGCUUCUGCAGUUCCGUUUCUUCAUACUUUAUAAUUUGCCACUCAUGCAAUUGUUGCUGUUCAAUGCGUGCAGACCAAGGCCGGAGAUGCUGCCAAGGGUAAGAAGAAGUGAGAUUUUAGAGAAGGUGCACUGAUUUUGUGGAUUCACAGGACAGCUCUGCCCUAAAGCCAUUUAUCAUUUUUCUUGUCACAUUUUACGCAUAGAAUGAAGUGUUGAAAUUUCCAUUGAGGAGCAUUAUCUGGUAUAAUUGUUGAAUUCUGAACCUAAACCAGUUGAGGUAAUCCUAUCAUGUGGGGAAUUUUUCAUUGUAUCGCUGGACAAAGUUAAAACAAUUUUGGCAAUUUGACUUCA